GUUUAUUUUCUAAACUAUUGGUUUGAAGGAAGUUUGGUUACAGAAUUGACAUUCAGGUUCGUGACAACUUGCAAUCGGAGCUAAUAAUGGCUUCAUCAUCUACCAAUUCCGAACAGAGGCUUGAACAUUUGGAGGCAAAGUUGUAUUCUGCAGUGGGUGACAUAAAGAAGUUAUUUGCAGCCAUGAACUCUCCAUUUGAUUAGCUGAUGGAGCUGGGGAGGAAAAGAAGCCUGUGAAGCAAGUCAAGCCCAAGCCUGCAGGACCAAAAAAACAAAGAGCUCACAGUCACAGAUUUGAGAUUGGUCAAAAGAGAAACGAGCCCAAACAGAGGAUAGGAAAUGCUGGUCACAAGAAAGAGCUUUAUCUUCAACAGCCUUGCUUAUCCGUUUGUGAGGAGAAAUGGCAGAAAAUUUGAAAUCUCAAUGGCUAAGAAGAAAGAUUUGUCUGAUAAUUCCAGAGCCCAGCAAGAAACCAUUUUCCCACUGAAAAUCUCCACCCCAAUUCUUGCUCGCUCUGUUGUGGCCGUGCUGGGGCUGGGAUUCAUCGAUGCUGGGUACAGUGGAGACUGGUCAAGGAUUGGAGUGAUAUCAAAGGAGACUGAGGACUUGCUAAAGCUUGCAGCUUUUGCAGUUGUUCCUCUGUGUAUCUUUCUCAUUUUUUCUUUCACCAGGGAACCAGAAGCCUGACUUUUUUUUUUUUUUUUUUUUUCAUUUUAUUGAGAUUUGUGUGAUUUUGAAUGGGAAAUUGAAAUGAUUUCGUGGUUGUUAAUUUUUUCUUUA